ACACGAAUUCAUCUGACGGCGAGAAAGAUAGACAGGAUAUCUCAUUCAUAGACGCUCCUGCGCGCCUCCGCUCGUCCUCUCGUCUCGUCCUUUGCCGUGUGCUAUCAAGUAAUUUACUUGGACGUUCAGUAUGGACCCUUUCGACGACUUUUUUGGAUCUGCUCCCACCCAUGCAAGGGCUGGUGGGAGAUUUCAACCCAAGGUCAAACACCGACCUAAAAAGCAAACAGUUGCAUCAGCUCCUUCAGUGGUCCCGAGUGAUACAAAGGAAAGGACUGGUGGACUUUUUUCCCCAACUUUGGAUGCAGGGAAAUCGGUUUUGCUUACUGCUGUGGUAGAUGAUAGAUUGAAUAUUCAAAAUGGGGUUGAGGAGUCUUUGAAAAAGCAUGAAGAUUCAGUUUCUGGAGUACCAGAGGGUGUAACAAAGGACUGCGGUUCCGUAGAUGCUUUUCUUCAGAAGCGUGGACUAGAAACAACUAGUGGGGUACCAGAGGGUGGUGACGGGCAUUCUGGCUCUCAAGCACCCGAAAGUGAAGUUGAUUUGGUUGGGCUUGAUGUGGAUCAUUUCAUUGGCUCUGGUGUAGAACCUGCCUCAAUUAGUGUUAGGGUAAGUAGUGAACAAGACAUUUCUGCAUCAGCCCCUUCAACUCUGCCCGACUCUAUAGAGGAAAAGCUUGUUACACUUCCCACAAAUGGCUUGGAUACUGGAGCAUCUGUUCAACCUGCUGCUAUUGGGAAAUCGUCAACCGAGGUAGAUUCAAUGCAAUUUGAUGUGGAUCUUUUUGAUGAUAUUCUUUCUGAGUCUACCCCAAGCAGUACUCGGGCUGGUCAUAAGUUUCGAACCAAGAUAAAGCCCCAGGCUCAAAAGGGAGCAACCAGAGGAGUUGCUUCAUCUCUUGAAAAAACGAUUGAAAGCCCAGCGUCCCCAGCCACAUUACCUAUUGUUGACUCUAUACAGUCUGUUCAAUCUAUUGAACCAGCGUCACCAGCCACAUUACCUAUUGUUGACUCUAUACAGUCUGUUCAAUCUAUUGAUACUGGAAACAGCACACCCACUGAACGCAUUGAUUCAUCUCUAGCUACGUCAGAGAUCCUUGGGAGUAGAGAGCCACCAGAAAAUGGUGGUUAUCCGUGUUCAAAUGAUUCAGUUCCCGACAACACUAGAAACUUGGAAGUAGGUAUCCACUCCCAACCACAUGCCACAGAUGCUUUGCAAUCAAAGGUUUCUGUUCCUGAUGCAAGUGAAGAUUGGCAUUCUAGCUUUGGGAAAUCUUUAGGAGAGAAUGUAGACUUAUUUUCUGGGCUGGAAUAUCUUGAUGAUUUUAUUACACAAACUACAAAUGGUACAGGUAGUGAGGCAAGCAAGUCACAGUGUAAGGUUGAUAUGGAUGUCCAGCAUGGGGAUAAGUUUUUAACACCAUUUUCUAUUAAUACUGAUUUGGGAGGUUCUACUUCACCUUCAGGAAUGGCAACUCAUUCGAAGGAAAAUUUUAGUGCGCCAGCAGAUGGCUCCUUUGAGUCUUCAGCAUUCACAAUAUGUGAUGUUGCACCUUCUCAGACUUUAUCUGAUUUUCAUACAACAAAUGACCCAGUCACCUUUAGUGAAACUGUUGUUUCUGACAAACAUGAGGAAGUUCAUAUUAAUAAUGGAAAGCCAGAAACAAAGGUAUCUGGGACUUCAUUUGAUUUUGAAACAUGUGACGCCACUGUUCCUUCUGGGAAACGUGCUGGCAAAUUUCAACCCAAGCCUAAAUUGGGAAAAGGAAAACAGAAACCUAGUACAAGCAACCCUCAAACUCAAGUUAGAUCUUCUCUACCUUCAGAAGAUGCGCAUUUUGUUCCUUUUGACAAUGGAUAUGCACAUGGGGACUCUAUUUCUGAAUUCCUGCGUGAAGACAUUCUUGAUUGCUCGUCUGCAAGAUUUAGCGAUCCUAGUGCUAUAGCACCAACCCCAGAAAUUCAUGGGGAUACAGAACCAACAAACCUUACAGAAGCUACUCAAUUAGAUGACACCGUUUUGGGUAAUAUGCAUUCAGAAGAUGACCCAGGAGUGCUGGGAAAGGGUGGCAAGAGUAGGAUGGGAAAAGAUUGUACUGAACCAAAAUAUAACAGGAAGAAUGAAAAAUCUUCCACCACCAGUCAGGGGGUUGAAGGUGGGAAAUCAUCGAUGCAGUUGAGGAAGCGGAGAAGACGGCUUGUUGACGAGCCAUUUGAUGAAGCCUAUGAUGUAAAUGACUCCACAUGUGAACGUCCCACUACUUCUAAUAGAGAUGAAGACGAGGAUAAUGAUGAUGAAUAUAGAGUGGAUAGUAUGCCUAGGAAGAGGGAAACUCCUAGAAAGGUAAAGGAACCUGUACCUGGAAAUGAGAAACCAGGUCGGAAGCGUAAGAGCACAAAGGAAGCAUAUAAUGAGUCAACCAAGGAACCUCCUAAAAAGUUCUCACAUUCCUCGCGCCGGAGCAAAAGGCGUGUGGAAAAGGCUUUACUUGACACCCCAGAAGAUGAAAUUGAUCCUCAGAGACUGCCUAUCAAGGAUCUUAUUCUUCUUGCAGAACAUAGAGAGCGGAUAGCUAUUAAAGAUGCAGCAAAACUGAAGACACCACAGUCCUAUCAAAGUGCCGAGAAUUCAUUUUGCGAAGAUGCUUCCUACAAUGAAGAGACGUUUGUUUCAGAACAAGGCCAAUAUUCUGACGAUGAUCAACCAAGUUACAAGGUUCAGCCGAGUUCCUUAUACAAUCAUCAGUCAUUUAUGAAGAAAACACCCCGUGCAAGAUGGUCAAAACAAGACACAGAACUUUUCUAUGAGGCUGUUCGGCAGUUUGGGCCAGUUUUUUCCCUGAUAGAACAACUUUUUCCCGGUCGAACACGUGAACAAGUGAAGUUGAAAUUUAAGAAGGAAGGGCGUCAGCAUCCCUUGCGGCUCUCUGAAGCUAUAACUAACCGCAGAAAAGAUCAUUCACAUUUUUUGUCUGUGAUCCAACGGCUGCAACAAGCUGCUGCUCAGGCAAAACAGGAGUCCGAUGAAAAUGAGUCGAUUGCUGUCACAGGGGAGGAAGAGGUGGAGGAGCCAGCCGAUGACACUAAUGAAGGAGAGACGAAAUCUGAGUGGGACAAUGAAGCCGCUAAAGAUCAAGAAGCAGAUGUUGCUGAAGCUGAUAACAGUCCUUUGAAGUUUGAUGAAAAUGAUGAUGACCCGGAUAGAUGGGGCCAAUAUAUUUAUUAGGGAUCAAAAACUAGAAAAAAUAUUUAUUCUAACAUACCAAUUCUUUGUUCCCUUAUCAGCGCUACUAUUUGAUAUUUUAAACCCCGGAAGGGAAAGA